AUGGAGACGCCGGCGAGCUGCCAGUCUGCGCGGGACUGUGACAUUGUAGUUGUGACUGACACCUUCACAGACAAAGCACACACAGGGGUCUCGCAUGAUCAGGUGGCAGAAGAGGACUCGUACUGUAAGUCUCUGGUGAAGAGGAGACAGAGGCAGAUGGGGCUGCCCUCUCUGCCUCCCUCACACCCACUGUUCGCUGAGGUGCUCCCUGACAUCAAUUUGCCUCGGAAAACAAACGAGCAGUGGGCUGUGCCGCUGGCCGAGCUUUGGCAGUACCGACCCGAAAACCAAACCGCAGAGAGAGAGUUCAACCAGAGGAUGAGCCAGCAGCCGCCGCACUGCUCUGUGUGUCUGCUCUUCUACACACACCACCAGGCGGAGUGCGACGGAGACCUGUCGUUAGUGACUCGUGGGAACUGCCAAUGGUCCAAACCCCUGAUCCCCGAGAUGUGCUUCAACACACAGUCCUCUAAAGGCGGCGACGGCACCGAGGGCCAGCUCUCCAACCCCUACAUCGCGGAGGACGGGACCAGCCGCCUCGUCACCUGCAAGCGCUGCUGCGUCCGCGUCCACACCAGCUGUUACGGAGUCUCAGAGGACGAUGAGGACUUGGGAGACUGGCAGUGCUCUCGCUGCAAGGACAAAGCCAUGGCCCAGGACUGCUGUCUGUGUUCGCUGAGAGGAGGAGCACUGCAAAGGGCCAACAAUGACAAGUGGGUCCAUGUGCUCUGUGCCAUCACUGUCCUCGAGGCGCGGUUCGUCAACAUCAUCCAGAGACGCCCAAUCGACCUGUCCGCCAUCCCGCUGUCCCGCUUCAGACUGAAGUGCGCCUUGUGCCGGACACGGAUGAGCGGCGACGCCCAUGGCUGCUGCGUCCAGUGCUCUCACGGCCGCUGCUCCACCGCCUUCCACCCGACCUGCGCUCAGGCCGCCGGGAUCCUCAUGCACCCGGACGACUGGCCCUUCAUCGUCUUCAUCACCUGCCAGAGACACCGCACCCCCACGGCUCCAGAGCGUAACAAGAUGGCGGAGAAGGACCUGAAGGUGGGCCAGAAGGUGAUCUGCAAACACAAAAACGGCCGCUACUACCACAGCGAGGUGUCGGCCCUGACCACCGACACCUUCUACGAGGUCGUGUUCGACGACGGCUCCUACAGCGACAAUCUGCUCCCAGAGGACAUCAUGGACCGGGACUGCGUAGCGAUGGGACCCCCCUCUGAAGGAGAGCCGGUCCAGGUCAGAUGGACGGACGGACUCUCCUACGGCGCCAAGUUCAUCUCCGCUCACUCGGAUCCUAUGUUUAUGGUGCUGGGGACCAGGCCUGGGUCAGGUGCUGGGGACCAGGCCUGGGUCAGGUGCUGGGGACCAGGCCUGGGUCAGGUGCUGGGGACCAGGCCUGGGUCAGGUGCUGGGGACCAGGCCUGGGUCAGGUGCUGGGGACCAGGCCUGGGUCAGGUGCUGGGGACCAAGCCUGGGUCAGGUGCUGGGGACCAGGCCUGGGUCAGGUGCUGGGGACCAGGUCUGGGUCAGGUGCUGGGGACCAGGUCUGGGUCAGGUGCUGGGGACCAGGUCUGGGUCAGGUGCUGGGGACCAGGCCUGGGUCAGGUGCUGGGGACCAAGCCCGGGUCAGGUGCUGGGGACCAAGCCCGGGUCAGGUGCUGGGGACCAGGUCUGGGUCAGGUGCUGGGGACCAGGCCUGGGUCAGGUGCUGGGGACCAGGCCUGGGUCAGGUGCUGGGGACCAGGCCUGGGUCAGGUGCUGGGGACCAGGCCUGGGUCAGGUGCUGGGGACCCAGGCCCGGGUCAGGUGCUGGGGACCAAGCCCGGGUCAGGUGCUGGGGACCAGGUCUGGGUCAGGUGCUGGGGACCAGGCCUGGGUCAGGUGCUGGGGACCAGGCCUGGGUCAGGUGCUGGGGACCAGGCCUGGGUCAGGUGCUGGGGACCAGGCCCGGGUCAGGUGCUGGGGACCAAGCCCGGGGUCACGCACAGACCCCCGUAUGCAGAGACGUGUCCUGGCCUAACUCCUUCCCUCCGCCCCCCUGCCCUCCGUCACCUGAUGGAUGCGCGGUGCCAGGUGGAGUCGGCAGCCGUGAUGGAUGAGGCCGCGGCGGAGGCUCCCCGAAAAUCGAAUGCAGCAUCUAUAACAUUCACGGCUCGGCUCCUAAACUGUAACGUACAGUGA